AUUCUUAAUUUACCUGGUAACACUGCCUUCCAUUCCCAGCUGCCUUGAUCUUAAGUUUUAUUUUUAUUACUAUUAUUAAUCAUAGGGAAUCGUGAUCAUGCAAUCUAGCAGCUUAUUUUUCCUGGCUGUGAUAUUUCUUAUAAGCUUGGUCCAAAUCGAUGGCCUACUGCGUCGCUGCUACCAAUGUAGAUCCCGUGGUGAAUUGGGCAGUUGCAAGGAUCCAUUCACCUUCAAUGCCACGGACGUGGACAGCGAGCCAGGACUCAUGGCGAUACCCUGCGCCAGCGGCUGGUGCGGCAAGGUGAUCGAGGGUGGCGGCACCUAUGCCAUCGACGACUACGACUUGGCCACCCAGAGGAUGUGCGUCCAACGCGGUCCGGACGACAACAUGGACCGAUGUGCGGACACGAUCUACAACUACAAGAAGGUCUACAUGUGCUUCUGCCAGGGCGACUUGUGCAACGGAGCGAGGAGUUUGUCCCGCGAAGGACUUACCCUGCCCCUGAUGAUCCUGCUGCCGAUCUUGACUGCGGUGCUCUUCCGAUCCUAGACUAGUGCAAUCAUUCCAGCGUGCAAUGUAUAUACAUUAUUUUUUUUUCUAUAAUACUCAACAAAAAGAAAUGCAAUACAAGGGCUACCUUUUAGGCCUGAUUUUUAUACGUUUUUAAAAAUAAAUAUCUUAAUGUUUUAUUUAA